AUGAGGUCUGGUAUUGUUUCUUCGCUGAUUUUUGCCCUUCUCUGCACCAGCACUGCGGGCGCUGUUCCACCCGGUACUGCUAAUCCUAAUUAUAGUGGUACUAGCGGUGUUAAUACCGGUAGUACUGUUGGCAAUACUGGUGGUACCGGCGGUAUUGGAAUUUCUGCUGGUGGCCCUGAUAUUCGUCUUACUGGGGGUACCAGUCGCAACAUGCAGGGCAAAACACGUCAGCAGGAAAGAUACGUCGAAGGCCAAUGCACGAUGCGCGGUAUGCAUGGCACAUGCCAGGUAACGGAUGCCAAUGGAAAUGACUGGGUUGCUCCUUGUCAUUCGAGAAACCCGGUAGGACGACGAAACCCUAACAUCAUUUUGCAAGUGCCUUUUGUUUUUGCGUUUCGUUGGAGGGAGCCAUACGUACUGAUCUUGGAUAGUGUGCUACGAUAG